UACGCUCAUCGGCGGUGGUGGAAGGACGUGUUGUCUGUGUGGUGACGCCUACUGUGUAUGGUGUUACAGACACGUUUUAGUGUAGCUGGCAAAAUAUAUUGGACUGUACACAAUGAAGUUCCCCAUGAAAAGUAGAAUGUUUUGUAUCCGGCUCUGAUCUGUACAAGUGUUGUGUAAAUGCUUUAUUUUGUGAGUAUUUCAUAAUUCUAGUGUAAAGUGGUGUCGAGUUUCUGGGAAAAGUUGGAUGUGUUGUUGAAGAUUGUGACAACGACCAGCAGCUGUACGACACCAGAACACAUCAACACCAGCUUAUGGGGCCGCACCACUACAACACCGGGUGGAAGAUGUGAGGUGACAUGUCUACAGCUGCACCUCGCUCCUGCCUCAAACCGCCACUGAGGAACCCGUGGGUGGCGGAGGACGGCGGGGAGAGCAGCACCUCAUCUGGGCAACAUCAACAACAACAGCUGCAGCAACAGCAGCAGGUGGCCCAUGGUGCCCACGCUGACGCCCACCGUGUCCACGAUGUCCUCGCCCACCAGUAUGCUACCCCCUACCAGCCUACCACGUCCCACCCUGCCCACAGUGUGGCCCACCCCAGUCUCAGUGUGGCCCUCUCCACCCACAGUGCGGCCCACCCUAGCCUCAGCGUGGCCCACCCGAGCCUUAAUAUGGCCCACCAGAGUCACAGCGUCAGCGGCGCCCACACAGCGGUGAGUUCCGCCCGGGCCACUCAGGUCGGCCCACACGCCCACACCGGGCAUGGAGUCGUUCACUCCCAUACCGCCCACUCCCUCCACAGCGCGGCCCAUCCGAUGCCCACGACCGCCCACUCGGUACACUCGGUGCCGGGGACGCUGCAGCAGCCAUGGGUGGACCCCCAGAUGUUGUGGAGCACGCCCACGCUGCCAGGGGUGGCCAGCAUGCCCGGGGGUGUAUUCACGGUGGGCGAGGGGUCGUGCCCGGUGUUGGCUCAGGGGGUGUACGGCCAACACCACCCCGCACUACACCCCAUACACCACCUCCCGCCUGGAGGCGGUGCUGGGGGGUCCAGUGGCCAGGCGUCUACUAGUGGCGGCGGAGGCUGGGGCGUCCCUCCUACCAUCAUACCCCAGACUGCAGCCACCCAAAACAAACUCCACCUGGACAAACUUCACCCCUGUGUGUCCCCUCCGGCAGGUGCGGGCGGGUGGGGCGGCGGGCGGUUCGUGGUCGGGGGUGAGGGGUCCAGGUGUGAGAGGUGCCACUACUACUGCUUCAGGGCGGCCCAGGCGGUGUUCGUGGCGGGUAUCGUGACUGGCUUCUCCCUCCUGGUGGCUGGCGGCGUCUUCCACAGGCAACACGUCGCGCAUCUCCAGGUGCUUGUGUACAUCGGCGCCAUGGUGUCGCUCGUGUGUGUUGUGCUUCUGGUGAUAUUUUGUGCCAUGAACAAGGAUCACAGGACUAGACGAGGUGUGCCUUUGCGUUACUCUGGGGCCCAAAUGGUCGGGGGGGAACCCGAAACCGUCCCCCUCAGGGCAGGAGACGGCGCCCCUAAUCCUGUGGUGGUCCCUGCUGACCUAACCCACAGCGUUCGCCUAGGGGAGGGGGGUACCAAUAUGGAAAUACUCCACCAGACUAAUCACAGUUCGUGUAUGGCCCCACCGGUCUCUCACGGUGGGUGUAUAGUGGGACCCACCAAUCAGAACGUGUGUUUCGUCGGUCCGGCCAGUCACAACGCCGGCUCCGUCAUAGGAUCAGCCAAUCACGGACCAGUGAACUCGUCAGAAGUCUCCCACCACAUGUCGCAGGCCAGACACCCAGCUCAGAGAGUUGAGGAGGAGUGUGAGGCCAGUCACCGUUACAACCGUCUGUGGAAACAACCUAGUAAGCCUCCCCCAGAAGCUGCCUCCAAGUUGUGAACCUUCCCGGGGUCAGGGGACUGAUGGAACCAGCCACCCGUUUAUCAGUGUGCUCUGGUGUGGUAGACAAAACUAAUAUUAUCAUCCAGGUAAUGUUUUCUCAUUGGCACUUUGUUAUGAUGUCGAUAUCAAUGCUUUUUGUUUUAGUGUCACCUUAUAAAAGUGGGAUGUCUUCAGAGGCUUGUAUAGUGUUGACAGGGGCCGUCCAGUGAUGACAAAACUGGUGGUAGGAGGUACUUUAUGACAAUUGUGCAUUUAAGUGCAAAUAUAUGGAAUUUAUAACAUUGAAAUCUGUACUAUUGAACCUAUCGUUCACAGCUAAAAUGCGAUACUGUACACACUUUUAUGGAAAAUGAUACAGGAAAACUUGUUUUCUUUUAUAUUCAUAUAUGUUUAGCUAAACACUCCUUUAGAAUUUAUGGAAAGUGAUUCUUAUUUUCCUUCUGUCAUGUAUGUGUGCUUACAUCUUGGUCACAGUGGCUGUUUUGUUGGUAAAGUUUUACUUUCGGUUAUCCGGGAUUCUUAGGAAGUUAACUAUUGAAAACAGUAGUUUAGACAUUUUUAAGACACCUUUCUUCUUUGCCCCCUCCCCGCAUAUGUAAGUCAUUUGCGAGGAAAAUGUCAUAAAAGAAAAUUGUCCUAGAAUUGUUUAAAAUACUGUUUUCAAUAGUUAACUUACUAAGAAUCCCCAGAUGACCGAAACUAAAAUAAUACCAUUUUGUUUUCAUUCACACUUAUCGGUAAUGUACUGUAUAUCAGUGGUUCUUAGAGUCCCAGGUCACAUUCCUCCCCUUGUGAUCCCAGAUUUCCUCAAUUCCUCUCCCAUUUUGAAUUGUCAUCUAGUAAUACUCCUGUAUUUUCGCCAUUAUACUUUUACAGUGGUAAUUAUUGAAACAAUUUAUGAAACUAAAUUGCUUUAUUAAUUGCCAUCAAAUGAAAAAAGAAAUCCUUAUUUCAAUGGAUCAUAAAACUUCCUUUUGAUUUAAUGCGUGCAGAGAAACUAAACUAGAAAACCGAGGAACAAAUCCAGUUAGUUUUGCUUGAAGGUCACCACGCUCACAAAUGUUGAGACGUCCUCGUUUUUCAGUCAACAUAUCCGUAACAGCACUAAAGGCACAUUCAACCAAGUGUGUUGUUGGGAAGGGCAAAAGCACUUGCCGAGCCUCUGUAGCUAAUUUUUUAUAUUUGGCAACAUCUUGGGGAUCCAGUCACAUGAAGUGUUGUUUUGAAGCAUGGAUCGGUUUUAUACUGUCAUCAUUUUGCAUGUCCAUUAGCUCGUCGAUCUGAUCAGACUCCAUUUUUGCCAGGCAGUCAUAAUUUUCCCAGGUAAAGAGAAAUGGCUGAGCAAUCCAAGAAGGGAAAUUCAUCUGCUUCAGAUCAAUGAAUCUGUCGCUCAGGUCAUCAUGGAGGUUGGAGAGGUGUUCUGAGAUUAUUUGUGAGAAAUUUUGUGAUGGAUCACAUUUACUGAGAUGUGGGAAGUGAGAGAGGUUAUUUCUGAAGACCUGGGCCUUCAAAAAACCCAGUUUACUGCAAUCCAUGAGAAUCUUCUGUUCACCUUGCAGUUCCUUAUUUAAUGCAUUUAAUUUACCAAAAAUAUCAGCAAGAUAUGAAAUCAAGGCCUUGGACUUCAUUGGAUUUCAUGAACUGGAAGUCCUCAAGAUCUCUACCAAAGUUCAACAAAGUAUCAUACAGGGCAAUAAACCUUUCCAGACAGUUGCCUUUUGAUAGCCAUCGUACAUGGGUAUGGAGGACCAGUCUCACAGUUUUCAUUCAUGUCCUUACAGAAUUCUUUGAACAGUGUUUCAGUCUUUCGAUGUGCUUUUAUCAGAUUUACCACUUUUAUUACCUUCUUUAUUAAUUCAUCCAAUGUAGGACUAAGCCUAGCAGCUGCCAAACUCUCUCUGUGAAUAACACAGUGAACAGUCAUCAUAUCAGGAUUUAUCAUCUUUCAGAAGUUUCAGUACUCCCUUAUGUCGUCCCAUCAUUGUUGGUGCACAAUCCGCAGCAGUGGACACAAUGUUACUUAUUAGAAUAUUGUUGUCUGCCAGGUACUUCCUUACCACGUUAUAGAUAUCUUGCGCAGUGGUGGUGGUUUUCAAAGACUCGCAAAAUAGCAUCUCUUCCAUGAAUUUUGAGUUGUGUUGGAACCUUGCAUAGGCAUGAAGAAGGGCUUCACUGUCACGGACUGUUGUUUCAUCGAGGGCUAGAGAAAAUUUGGUCAAUUGUGUCUUAACAUCAUCUGCAAUUUCAUCAAUGCGACGGCGAACAGUGUCAUUGCUGAGAGGUAAGGUGGCAAGUUCCCAGUUGGCUCUUUUGUUGUUUUGCAUUGCCCUGAGAUAUAUCUCAAUGGCUGGCUUCAGCAACUCUUCACCAUCAGUGUGCGGUCGAGAUGUCUUAGCGAUAAGAAAGCUGAAUUCAUAAUUAGCUUGGAGUUCUUGUUCAUUCUUGCUGGUCUGUGACUUUAACAAUUCAGUAAGUGACUUCUGUUUGGUCUUCAACCUCUCUUCUUUCAUGCGUUUAAAGUACUCAAAUGGUUUCUCUGCUUGUUCUGGAUGUACGCUUUUGAGGUGUCCUACCAAUUUUCCUGAUCUCAUGGAAUCAUUGCAGAGGGAAGUCAAGCAUAACAAACAGAAUGGUUUGGUUUCAUCUGUGGCAUCAGGUAUCCUUCAACUUUUUAUCCAGUUCUGAUAAGGCAAAUGGUGCAAUUACAUUUGUAACAGUUGUAUGGCAUUUCGUUUUGGCACAUCUAAAUUAUGGCUCCAAACAUUCCUGAAAGAUUUUUGACACACAGUCAUUAGAUUGGGAGCUUUAAUUCUCUUUGAUUGUAUGGUAGACCCACAAAGCCUCAACAGCAGCCACCUCCAGAUCCUUACUGUUAGGGGAAACACUUUUAAAAAGGUAGUGACUGAUUUGCUAGACGAGACACUGACAUCAGCAGUUUUGUGUUUCUGUGAGAUCAGAUGCUUUGCAAUAUCAUUAUCUCCACCAUGUGCAAUGAUAAACUCUGUUAACAUUUCAUAAAUCGUACAUCACUUUCUGUCUUCGUUUUUGUAAGAAUGUGGUACAGGUUGACAACCCUUUAUCCGAAAUUCCGAAAACCGAAAAGCUCUGAAAACCGAGUUUUUUUAUGGGUCAAUUUUUUUGUAUUUAUUUAUUUUUUUUA